AUGGAGAGAGGGAAGGCGAAGGAGAGGGACAAGUUUUCUUCGAACAGUAGGGAAUCCGUAAAAGCAGAGAAGGAAAAAAGGAAAGAUGUGGAAGUAAAGAGCAAAGGGAAAGAGAUAGUGAAGGAAGAGGAGAAGAGGAAGUCUGUAGAGGUGAAAGUCAAGAAGGGGAAAGAGACAGGGAAGGAAGAAGAGAAAAAGAAGGAUGUAGGUCAGAAAAGCGACAACGGGAAAUCGAAGGAAGAGGAGAAAAGGAAGAGUGUGGAGUUGAAAAUCAAGGAGAACGGGAAGGAGAAAGGGAAAGAAGAGGAGAAAAGAAAGAGUGUGGAGUUGAAAAUCAAGGAGAACGGGAAGGAAGAGGAGAAAAGGAAGAAUGUGGAGUUGAAACUCAAGGAGAACGGGAAGGAGAAAGGGAAGGAAGAGGAGAAAAGAAAGAGUGUGGAGUUGAAAAUCAAGGAGAAAGGGAAGGAAGAGGAGAAAAGAAAGAGUGUGGAGUUGAAAAUCAAGGAGAAAGGGAAGGAAGAGGAGAAAAGGAAGAGUGUGGAGUUGAAAAUCAAGGAGAAAGGGAAGGAAGAGGAGAAAAGGAAGAGUGUGGAGUUGAAAAUCAAGGAGAAUGGAAAAGGAAAGGAAGUCAAGGAGGAGCAAGGGACGGAGAAUGAGGAGGAACGGGUCACAGAAAGGCCUGGGCUACAAGAGCUAGAGAAAAGUAAGCAGAUCCUAGUUCUAGGCCUGGAUGGAGCAGGAAAGACCAGCGUCCUCCACUCACUGGCUUCCAACAGAGUCCAGCACAGCCUGGCACCUACCCAAGGUUUCAACGAAGUUUACAUCAACACAGAGGACCAGCAGAUGGAGUUCCUGGAGAUUGGUGGCAGUGAGCCAUUCCGUGCCUACUGGGAAAUGUACCUGCCUAAGGUAUGGCUGCUGAUCUUUGUGGUAGACUCAGCUGAUCACAAGCGAUUGCCUGAAGCCAAGAGAUACCUUCAUCAGCUGAUUGAGCCAAACCCAGGGCUCCCUCUUGUUGUGUUUGCCAACAAACAGGAUCUUGAAGACGCCUACCACAUUACAGACAUCCACGACGCUCUGGCCCUGUCAGAAGUGGGGAAUGACAGGAAGCUGUUCUUGUUUGGAACUCAGGUGACUGAGAAUGGCUCAGAGAUCCCCUUCACCAUGCAAGAUGCCAGAGACCUGAUUGCACAUCUGGCCGCAAAUAUGUAG